AUGUUUAUUAUUAUCGCCGAGGUCAUAGAAGAUAAACAGCUUAAACUAGCUCGGGCUCUAGAGAUCCCUGAAGAAGGUGAAAAUAAGAAGAUUUCACCUUCGUUAGAAGGGAUUGAUCUAAUUAGCGAUACUGAGGAAGGUGACGAUAAAGUGAGGCUAUCUGUGAGGGUAGGGAAGAGACGAAAGAGUGUUUUGUCUGAUCAUAAAAGUGAGCAAAGUGAUAAUAAUAAUAGUGGUUUACCCUUAAUAAGCCAAGUACGGCAUUCUGGAAGGGUAAGGAAGGCGCCGAGGAUACAUAAAGGGUUCGAAAUUAGUAAAUAG